UUUAAUCAAAAUGCAGACUUGGAUCUACUGGCAUUUAUUAGCAGUGAUUUUUCUAGGAUUUCUGUAUGGAGAUAACGCUGGUGUAGAAAUUGAACCAUGCCGUCAUGCCGUGAAAAACCAUCCAUGCAACAUGACAUGCCGAAUUCCUGACUUAACACAAAUGACUGUGUUUCAAUGCAAUGGUUCAUCAAGAGCAGCAUGUUCUGUAUUUCUUUGUCCAGCAAAUAUGAUUCCAAACGGAAGCAAUGCAAUACAUUUACAAAUAUCUUCUCUGGCUUACGCCACUGAUAACUGUAUAUGGUCAUGCACACAUGGAACGACAGCAUCAUCUGCAAUAUCCUUUACAAUCUAUAGUGGGUUUUCGGGUUCUACAAACCUAACAGGCAGUAUGAAAGGAAAUGAAAUUAUAUUAACAUCAACUGUUGAUUGUUUAUAUCCGUAUAAUCCAUCGGUACAAGUCCAGUACAGCUAUGAGUUAGACGGACCAUUUUCAUACCUUGAAUCGCCAGUGUCUCUUCAAAGUUCCAAUGUUCCCGGAGUUUGUAGUUUUGAUAUAGAAAGAAGAAUAACUGCAUUAUCUGCUCUACCUGUAAAACAAAGAGAAUUAGAAGGGAGAAAAGUUUUCUUCAGAGUGAAAUUUUUACAGUUCCCAGCUGGUCCUGUUGCUUUCAGUAAUAUAGUUGGACCAUUCUAUUUUCAAGCAGGUUGCUCUCCCUUCUUAUUUGGAUAUUUGCCGUGUUUCUUGAUUGUGUUGAUGGUGUCAAUCAUCGUUUUAGUUAUUAUGAUACUAAUGCCAUCCAGUGAAUUGUUCAAAGGUGGUCUCGCUCUCGGUCUAAGUUUGGGGUUUGGACUUCUCUUAGCCAUACUCCUGUUGUUGGCAAUCUUUAUCCACCACUAACAUGGCGACAUUUUGUUUUUCUUUUCAAAAAAUAGCAGGUAAUGGAAUCAUUACCGUAAAUUUUGUUUCAAGUUAAUAUUUUUACAUUUUACACAACAAAAUCAAACGGAAUUUCGGAUUCUUGCUCAAUAGUUUUACUAUGAUAAAAAAAUGAAUACAUAUGUAUAAUUCUCAUUAAAUUACAAUGUACAUGUAAGUGAUACUAUAUAGUUUUGAUAAGUUUGGUAUGUUGUACAAACAAUCUUUGUCUUUAUAGUCUUUUCAAUGUAAUUUUUUUUAUACAAUCCUUAAAAUGUGAGCCUUUUUUAAAACAAAUGGACUACAUGUAAAUGGUAAAAUAUAAGCAUUUAAAAAAAAAUUAAGCAUGCUGAUUAGAAAUCAAUUGUUUAUAAUCUUUGCUGAGUUCAUGUAUUGAGUAAGUGUAUACGUGUUCCUGUAUUUUUACAUUUUGUUUAUUAAACAAAAAAAAGCACUUUCUACCAUUUAGAUAAAAUUGAUUCAAGAUGCUUUUAUGAUAUUGUUUUUAAGAUGUCAUAAAUUGUGAAUUGGGCAUAAGUUUUAUUUUUGUGGUUUUAAAACAGAAAACAAAUAUUCUUCCCUAAAAGUAUAAAAAAAAUUAUCAGACAGCACAACUUUUAUAAGGACAAAAAUUUGUGUGUCAAAAUUGAUUUACUGUUUCUUACAUGGUAUUAACAAGUGUUAUGUCCUGUUAUAUGUACAAAUAUUUACAACUAUUUCAAACUUAUUUUAAAUAAAUAAGUGAAAACAUUCAUUUAUCAUGAAUUAUAUCGACUUGACAAGACUUUUAAACACUUAUCUUAAAAUGCUAGAUGAUUUCUGCACAAGCUUUUUAUUGUUAAGCUUUUUACACAUUAACUUGAUACAGUGCUAAAUAUGUAGAACCA